CCACAGGAAUUCAUAGAGGCUACUAGUGAGCCUGGUAUUACAUUCUUGUUGGCAAAGUUUGAUGGUAUCCUCGGUUUGGGCUUCAAAGAGAUUUCUGUAGGAAACUCAACUCCGGUUUGGUAUAACAUGGUGGAAAAAGGUUUGGUUAAGGAACCAAUUUUUUCGUUCUGGCUUAACCGUAACCCGCAAGAUCCAGAAGGUGGUGAGAUUGUUUUCGGUGGAGUUGACCCAAAGCACUUCAAAGGAGAGCAUACUUAUGUCCCUGUGACACAUAAAGGAUACUGGCAAUUCGACAUGGGUGAUCUCCAAAUUGCUGGCAAACCAACUGGAUAUUGUGCUAAAGGGUGUUCUGCUAUUGCUGAUUCUGGAACUUCUCUACUCACGGGUCCAUCGACUGUCAUCACGAUGAUCAAUCAU